AUUAUAGCAGCUUUAUUCAUAAUUGCUCAAAACUUGAAUCAACCCAGAUGUCCUUCAAUAAAUGGCUAAUCUGUGUUACAUCCACACAAUGGAAUAUCAUUCAGCAAUAAAAUUAACUGUGCUACCAAGUUAUGAAAGGCAUGGAGGAGUCUGAAAUGCAUAUUGGUAAGUGACAGAAGCCAGACUGAAAAAGCUACAUACUAUAUGAUUACAAGUUUAUGACAUUCUGGAAAAGGUAAAGCUAUAGAGACAGUAAAGCAGUGACUGCCAGGGGCUCAGUGGGAGGGAGGGAGGGAGGGAGGAAUGAAUAGUAGCACAAGUAAUUUUGGGGGGCAGUAAAAGUAUUUUGUACUAUAUUGUAAUGGUGGAUACAUGAGUUUAUGCAUUUGUGAAAACCCAUAUAAUGUACAAUAUGGGUUUAGUUAAUAAUAAUGUACUAAUAUUCAUUUUAAAAUGCUAACAAAUAGGCUGGGUGCGGUAGCUCAUGCCUGUAAUCCCAGCACUUUGGGAGGCUGAGGUGGGCGGAUCACGAGGUCAAGAGAUGGAGACCAUCCUGGCCAAAAUGGUGAAACCCCAACUCUACUAAAAAUACAAAAAUUAACCAGGUGUGGUGGCACGCGCUUGUCGUCCCAGCUACUCGUGAGGCUGAGGCAGGAGAACUGCUUGAACCCGGGAGGUGGAGGUUGCUGUGAGAUCGUGCCACUGCACUCCAGCCUGGGUGACAGAGCAAGCCUCCGUCUCAAAAAAAAAAAAAAGAAGAAACUAAAAUGAGGUCCAAUGAAGCAGUGCCAGGAAAAAACAUAAAUGAGCUAUUAAGCCCAGGAAAGGUAAGUGGUUAAGAGAGAACUUUGGUAUGAGACUUCCUGGAAUCAAACUGUAGCACUGCCUCCCACCAGCUUUAUGACUCAGGGCAAAUACUUAGCCUAUGGGAGACUCAGUCCCUGGACCCUCUACUCCUCCGCUCCACCCAUGGGAGAGAUCAGGCCCAUCUCACCGAGGAACAGAUUUUCAAGAACGAUUUGAGGAUAUGUAUUAGCCCAGGACAUGUUAUGGGAUGACCAGUGUCUUCAAACUAGGCAGAAAGAGGGGACAGGGUACAGGAGUCAGGGGAAGUAGGCAAAAAGGUGGACUGUUUAGUAGGGGAUCAGGAACAUAGAAAAGUGGCAAGGCUAGUGACCUUGGUACCCAGCACCAGGGGUAUAACUCAGGUACCAGGUGUGAGAACAGCUCAACUCCAGGGAUACUUCCAUCCCCAGCUUGCAAUCUCCAUGGCUGAGCCUCUUUGAUAACUUUUGUGCUAUUCCUGGUUUCAAGUCUACCUGGUCCAUCAAUCAGUGCUCUAGUGUGCACUCCAGUGGGGGAACUCAUGAACUGUAAAGGGCAAUCCUGUGGGGAAUGAACAGGUUGGUCAGUCUAGCCUAGGGCAGACUGACCCACCAUGACAGUGCAGGGGUACUGAUGACAGGCAUGUACCAUGAGCUUGGGGGUGUCCCACCUGUGUCUCCACUGGAGAGAAUACACAGGUGUCACUGAGGAACAGGGUUGCAAGGACUAUCUGAGGAUAUGGGGUCAGCUGAGGACAUGUUAAGGAGAGGCAAACAUUGCACAGCUAGGCACUAAGGAGAGAGAAAGGGACACAGCGGGGCAAGGCCAGGAGACUGGAAUUGGGGAGCUGAGUGGAGGCACCAAGACCUGCGAGGGCACAGGCUGGGCACCACGUGAGCCCACUCCUGGGGGCAUUCACCAGGAGUGGAUCUCUUCAGGGUCCCUCUGCCGCAACUAGUUUUGAGUUCAUGUGGUCCACCUACUGGUGGGAAUGUAGAAGCCUUCAGACCUAUGAAGGAUUAUGAGUUUUUGAGAGUCCAGCCCAGGAAAGGCCAAAACACCAGCAAGCGAGAAUAAUCCUUACUCCAAGACAAACACAGACCCGCACAAAAUGAACAUCCAGGGAAGGCUCCCAGGCAGGACCCAGUGGCCCCACACGCACCCAUGUCAGUGCAUGCAGUGCGUCGAAUCUUACAGGAAGUGACCGAGCUGAACGUGACCAGCUGUGAAGAUUCAGAGACUUCUGAGCCCCGAUCUUGGCCACUCACGGCCCUUGGGUAGAAUGUGUGGGGUGUCCACUCAGCCACUUGUUAGAGGAGGUGGCAUGAUCUGGGCCUCAGUGCUACGACCAACAGCGACUUCCAAGGGGACCAUGGAAAGAGCAGAGGAAAAAAACCAGAGUUCAGGCUGGGGAGAGUUAUGGUGCCAGUGGUCUGACCCAGCACUGAGUGCAAAGUUCUCCAGCAUCACUCUCAGGUAGAAGCUCCUCUGGACCUCGCCUAAGAACUCCGUUCGUCCGGGAGGACGCAGGCCCACCUGCUCUAACAUGAACUCGUCUGAAUUCAGCGCAGGACACCAAGGAGCCCGGUUAUUCUCCUGCCAGCAUCCUCCCCUGAUGUGUCCCUGACCCCGUGCUCUGACGUACUCAGCCAUGUACUCACUCUCCUCUCCCAGGCCCCCAUACCUGAGAUCACCAUGGCCUGAUAUGGGGUAGACUACAAGCCUACCAUGCCUCGGCCAUGUGUAGGGCGACCUGUCCCUGGCAUCCACACCUGUGGCCCAUACGUCGCCCGCAUUCUGGGACGCCGAAAACCCAACACAACCGAAACACAACUGCUGACCUUCCCCCUAAGCCGCCUCUAAACGAGGUCCCUCGGCUCCUGGACCCAGCCGCUCUUUGAAGACUUGCCUGAUGACAGGCAUGUACCAUGUUUUUGGCUGGGACAUUUUUAUGAGCCUUGCUCCGGGCUCCGUAAAGUGGACACGGUGCCAGGGAGAGGAUUUCGGGGCGGCUGCGGGCACAGGCGGGCUUCUGCGGAGGCCCUGGCGAACGCCCCCGCGCAGCGCGGUCCGAUGGCCCCAUGGGGCCGCCCCUCCACUGUGAAGUUACCGGGGUUCAGCAACAUUCACUGCGGCUAAGACGCGAACAGGUCCCUGAGGCAGAACUUUCCGACUCUCGCGCCUUCGCUCCUUUUUGCGGACCAGCGGAGCCUCAUCCACACAGCCCACCGCCCAACGAUCCCAUUGCCGCAAACCGCCCCAAAGCCAGCGCCGAAAGCCGACGCCGGAAGCCCACGCAGGGCCCACCCGAACGUUUCCGUUCCUGGGCCACCAUUGGCCAAGUCUGAACGGCCGCACGUCGAGGCUCCUUAUGGGAAAUGUAGUUCACGCCCCGCUUCAGGAGCUAGCGGCGCCCUCCCUUAUCGCCUUGGCAACGACCCAGCCGUGCCGCAAGGAGAGCCGGGAAUGGAGGUCGUGGCGUGAGGGGCGCCGAACUAGGGGAGGCGCGGGCCACGGGAGUUCCGGGAGUUCCGGCGUUGCCCGGCAGUCCGCAGUCCUCGGCGGGAAGGCUGUCCCAGCGCCCCAGGCAGCUCUGCGUGGGCCGGGGUGACUUCCUCGCGAUCCCCUGGGCGAGGUGAAGGGCAGGGACCCUUGCCGCGCCUUCCACGCGCCGUGCCCCACCGGCGAGUGUCUCCAUCUUCCUCAGACUUGUCGCUCGCGGACAGGCGCCGUGGGUCUCCCAGGCCUCCGUACCGUCCUCCUUCCCCGCGGCUCCGGGAAGCGGUUCCCUGUCUUCGGACGCAUUUCACCCGCGCGGGGAGAGCUUCCCGGGAAGGUUCCACGGCGGCCGAGGGUUUCCGCGCCCGGGACGCGUUUCGGCUGAGGCCGUGGGUUCAGGCCACGGGUUCUGCCCUCACGGUCCAAUGGCCGGGGAGGCGGAGGCUCAGUUGGACCCAUCAUUGCAGGGCUUGGUGAUGUUUGAGGAUGUGACGGUAUAUUUCUCCAGGGACGAGUGGGGGCUCCUUAAUGUGACCCAGAAGGGCCUAUACCGGGAUGUGAUGCUGGAGAACUUUGCACUCGUUAGCUCACUGGGACUUGCAUCUUCGAGAUCCCCUGUAUUUACCCAGCUGGAGGAUGAUGAACAGUCCUGGGUGCCCAGCUGGGUGGAUGUGACUCCAGUUAGCAGAGCAGAAGCCAGGAGAGGUUUUGGUCUUGAUGGUUUGUGUAGAGUGGAGGAUGAGAGAGCCCGUCCUGAGCAUCUGAAGAGCUACAGAGUCAUCCAGCACCAGGACACUCAUAGUGAGGGGAAACCAAGAAGGCACACUGAGCAUGGGACAGCCUUCCCACCUGGUUCCAGUUGUGGGCAACAGCAAGAAGUCCAUGUGGCAGAGAAGCUGUUCAAAUGCAGUGACUGUGGGAAGGUGUUCUUAAAGGCCUUUGCCCUCCUUGACCAUCUGAUAACACAUUCUGAAGAGAGACCCUUCAGAUGCCCAACAGGCAGAAGUGCUUUCAAGGAGAAGUCAGCUCAUAUUAACCCCCGAAAAAUUCACACUGGAGAAACAGCCCAUGUGUGUAAUGAAUGUGGGAAGGCCUUCAGUUACCCGUCUAAGCUGAGGAAACACCAGAAGGUUCACACAGGCAUAAAACCUUUUAAGUGUAGUGACUGUGGUAAAACCUUCAACCGCAAAGAUGCACUUGUUCUACACCAGAGGAUUCACACUGGAGAAAGGCCUUAUGAGUGCAGCAAAUGUGGGAAAACCUUCAGUGUUCUGUCUACCCUCAUUCGGCACCGGAAAGUGCACAUUGGAGAAAGGCCCUAUGAGUGUACAGAAUGUGGGAAGUUCUUUAAAUACAAUAAUAGCUUCAUUCUUCACCAGAGAGUUCACACUGGAGAAAGGCCUUUUGAAUGCAAGCAAUGUGGGAAAGGCUAUGUGACCCGUUCAGGCCUCUAUCAGCACUGGAAAGUCCACACUGGGGAACGGCCCUAUGAAUGUAGCCUGUGUGGGAAAACCUUCACUACCAGAUCCUACCGCAAUCGGCACCAGCAGUUCCACACUGAAGAGAGGUCUUAUGAAUGUACAGAGUGUGGGAAAGCCUUCAAACAUAGUUCCACCCUCCUUCAGCACAAGAAAGUCCAUACUCCAGAAAGGCCUCAGGAGGACAGGUCACAUGGGAAAGUUGUUAGCUGCUAGCACCGUGUUCAUCAGGAAAAGUCUUAUUCCAGAAAGGAGGUUGAGGAGAGUGGCCGUGAGAGUGCCAUCUGAAAGAAGCUAAACCUUGUACAUCCCAACACCCACCCCGGGGAGAGUUCCCGUGUGUGCCUGGUGUGUGGGAAGCUUUCAGGAGCCACAUUGCACUCUGACUUGCCUGGGGCUGUUGGCAAUGUCACAUCACUGUCAGUUUAUCCACCGCCAUCCACCUCUAUCCACCCCAUAAGGUCCCUACAGCAAGUGGGACAGCAGACCUUGUGCUCCUUGCUCUAAACAGUAGAGAAUCAUUAAUGGCGGAGCCCAAAACAGGCCUCAUUCCCUACCCUUGACUGGUUUAGCUGUGGACAUGACCCAUCUCUGGCCAGAGGAGCUGAGCUGGUAUCUGCUGGGGGCUUCCUGGGAAGGUUUACCAUUUUCAUGGACAUGGUUGACAUUACACAUGGUAUUUGUCAUGCCCUAGCAUGGACUGUCUCAUACUGCUAUGGACUGUGUGGUAAUAAAGGCUUUAUUGUUUAAGCCGCUUAAAA